CAAGAAUCCGUCCACACACAAAGUCCAACCCACACACGCACGACGCAAGACCUUGCAUAGCGUUGAGAGACUCACAAAGCACAGUCCCUCCUUCCCCCGCCUUGAUAUUCUCCUUGUGCUGCUUUCUCAUCUCAAGCUUUUCUUUCCCCUCUUUUCGAUUCUAACACCACCCAUAAUCUAUUAUGUGUCAUCUUUUUCGUGAUUUCAAACCUGUUAUAAAAUCCCCUCAUUAUUCAUGCACGCAACGUGUUUGUUAAAUUGAACAACCUAAUCCUUACUACACAAACCUUAUGCAAUGCUAUCCCUCAAGUUGUUUCGCUCUCUUCCUUUCAAUUCUAACAUGCAUCGUUCCUUUCUCUUUUCAUUUUCAACCACUUCUUCCUUAUCAACCCCGAUAAACCAAUCUUCCACCGAAGAAACCACUUUUCUGUUUAACCUCCUUAAUUCCAAUUCCAAUUUACCUAAAUAUCAAUCCAUUUAUAUCUCAAAACGUGCUUCAGGAGCUACCUUCCCUCAAAGGCCAUUGUCUGUCCUUAACUAUUUCAAACAAGUUGGAUUUUCUCAAGCUCAGAUUCACUCCAUCAUUCGCCAGAGACUUCCAUUACUCUUUUCAGAUGUUGAUAAAACUCUCAGACCUAAAGUUGAGUUCUUUCAACAAUUGGGUUUUCAAGGUUCUCAUUUACGUGACUUUAUUUCUAAGAAUCCAACCAUUUUGACUGCUAGUUUGAACAAAAAAUUGAUUCCCUCGGUGGAAGCUAUUAAGAAAAUUGCACAGAAUGAGAAAGAUUUUAUUCAAGUUUUGUCCAACUGUGGCUGGCUACUCCCAAAGUACCAAUUAUUUGUUGCCAACAUUGCUUUCUUAGAGAGUUGUGGUGUUGUUGGGGAUCAGGUUUUGUUUCUACUCAAACGAAAAUCACGAUUUUUCAUUGUACCACAAUCUCGUAUUAAGAACUAUGUAUCGCAAGCUGUAGACUUGGGUUUCCCUCAAAAUUCAAGAAUGUUAGUUCAUGCACUUUUUACGAUACAUGGUUUGAGCAAUAAAACAUUUAGGAGAAAGCUUGACUUAAUUCAGUGUUUUGGGUUUUCUAAAGAUGAGAGCCUGCAAAUGUUCAAAAAGGCUCCAUAUUUGCUUAAGGCAUCAGAAAAGAAAUUAAAGGUUGGAAUUGAGUUUUUCCUAAAUACAGUUAUGCUGCCAAAGUCAGUAUUGGUUAGUCAGCCUAUGGUUUUGAUGUAUAGCAUGGAGGAUCGAGUGUUUCCUCGAUAUAGAGUUUUUCAGCUUUUGAAAUCACAAAAUCUAUGUAAGGAGGUUCCAAGCUUUGUUACCAUGCUAUGGUUAUCUGAGGACAAGUUCUUGGACAGGUUUAUAUCAAGGUUUAAAGAAAAUGCAGAGGCAUUACUGAUAGCUUUCAAGGGGCAUCAUCUAGAUGCAUAAUGAUAUCUUGAUGCUCUAUUUUGCACUCUUCUUUUUAAGAAGCUUAGUUGCGCUAUAGAACGAAAGGAAGGAUAUUGAGGGCUGCAGUUGGACAGUGUCAAAAACUUUCAUUAGCAGAUUUUACCCAACUGAUGUAUUUUGAUUUUUAAGUGGUUUCAUUAUUGCCUUUUGUACAAUUUUUGUUUAUUUUUGGGAUAACAGUUCUGUUAGAUUUUGGAUGGAGUUUAUAAGAGAACAAUUCUACAUGUGUAUAUCAGAAUUUCAAAAUGACUUGUGUAUGGAACUGUUAUUCCCUAGUUUUUGCACGAGCUUCAAGAACCAUAAUGAUCUCUUGAUGCCCUAUUUGCACUCUUCUCUACUAAAAGCUAGGAAAUUUGGGGAUUACAA